AUGUCUACUACAGGAGAAACAAAUGGACAAGCUCGUCAUGAACGCCUCAGUCUUCAUGUGGCCGGCUCUGAAACUACCGCCACCGUGCUCUCGGGCGUCACUUUCCUACUUCUGAGCAAUCCAGAGAAGCUAGCUAGACUCACGGACGAAGUGAUAAACGCAUUCGAGAACGAAGACGACAUAACCAUGGCCAAAGCCAGCCAGCUGGAUUAUAUGCUGGCUUGUUUAGAAGAAACGAUGCGUUUGUACCCUCCAGUUCCAAUCGGCAUGCCAAGGAUCAUUCCAAAGGGCGGCCGUAUUAUCAGCGGGUCUUAUGUGCCCGGGAAUACCCACGUCGCCAUAUGGCAUCGGGCUCUAUACCGCAAUCCGGCCAACUUCACGGACCCCGAGAGCUUCUGUCCAGAGCGCUUCUUGGGCGACCCAAGAUUUGCAGGCGACGAGCGAGAAGUACUCCAGCCGUUCCAUGUGGGGAAGCGGAAUUGUAUUGGCAGAUCGUAA